AUGGCGAUGGACCAGUCGCUCAUCAAGCUUGUCAACAAGCUCCAGGAUGCCUUCAACAAUGUCGGCAUCCAGAACCCUAUCGACUUGCCUCAGAUCACAGUGCUCGGCUCUCAAUCGUCCGGAAAGUCCAGUGUACUCGAAAACAUCGUCGGUCGCGACUUUCUUCCGCGUGGUACCGGUAUCGUGACCCGUCGUCCGCUCGUUCUCCAGCUCAUCAACCGUCCUGCCACCUCCAAAGCCAACGGCGACGCUCCAGCCGUCUCGGGCAAGGGCGGCAACAAUCCAGAUGAGUGGGGAGAAUUCCUUCACCUGCCCGGCGAAAAGUUCUUCGACUUUGACAAGAUCCGCGAAGAGAUUGUCCGCGAUACCGAGCUCAAGACCGGCAAGAACGCCGGUAUCUCGCCUCAGCCCAUCAACCUCCGCAUUUACAGCCCCAACGUCCUAACGCUCACCCUCGUCGAUCUUCCCGGUCUCACAAAGGUGCCCGUCGGCGAUCAGCCCAGAGAUAUCGAGCGCCAGAUUCGCGACAUGGUGCUCAAGUUCAUCUCGAAACCCAACGCCGUCAUCCUUGCCGUCACUGCUGCCAACACCGAUCUUGCCAAUUCGGACGGUCUCAAGCUCGCCCGCGAAGUCGAUCCAGAAGGAACCCGCACAGUCGGUGUCUUGACCAAGGUCGACCUCAUGGACGCAGGAACCGAUGUCGUCGAUAUCCUCGCCGGCCGCGUCAUCCCCCUCCGUCUCGGCUACGUACCCGUCGUCAACCGUGGUCAGCGCGACAUCGACCAGAAGAAGCUCGUCAGUGCUGCGCUUACUGCAGAGAAGGAUUUCUUCGAGAACCACCCCAGCUACCGCAGCAAGGCUCAGUACUGCGGAACCCCCUUCCUUGCACGCAAGCUCAACACCAUCCUCAUGCACCACAUUCGCAACACGCUUCCCGACAUCAAGAACAAGAUCGGCUCCCAGCUCGCCAAGUUCCAAGCUGAGCUCGCAUCGUUAGGCGGACCCUUGGGCGAAGCCAAUUCGGCGGGUGUGGUGCUUCAGAUCAUCACCGAAUUCGCCAACGAGUUCCGCACCGUCAUCGACGGCAACUCGAAUGAUCUCACCGUCAACGAGCUCGCAGGCGGUGCCCGCAUCAGCUUUGUCUUCCACGAGCUCUACAGCAACGGCGUCAAGGCCAUCGACCCCUUCGACAUGGUCAAGGACACCGACAUCCGUACCAUCCUCUACAACUCGUCCGGAUCCUCGCCGGCGCUCUUUGUCGGCACCACCGCCUUCGAGGUCAUUGUCAAGCAGCAGAUCAAGCGUCUCGAAGACCCCGCGUUGCGAUGCUGUUCGCUCGUGUACGACGAGCUGGUGCGCAUCCUCGCACAGCUCCUCGCCAAGAACGCCAGCUUCCGCCGCUUCCCUGCGCUGCGCGAACGCUUCAACACGGUCGUCAUCCACUUUUUCAAAAAGUGCAUGUCGCCCACCACCAAGCUCGUUUCCGACUUUGUCGCCGCACAAGCCGUCUACCUCAACACGGGUCACCCGGACUUUAUCAGCGGCCACAAGGCCAUGGAGAUCGUCAACGAGCGUCUCAACCCUCCCGCGCCCGCGCACGACCCCAAGAAGCCCAACCCGCACGCCAUCAACAACGACAAGGACCUGGACGUUUCCCUCAAGAGCGAGUCGGGCUUCUUUGGCAGCUUCUUCCAGAAGGGCGCCCAGCAGACGAAUCAGGCGGUCAAGGCCAAGAAGGCGCUCAUGGAAGCUCCACCGCCGUCGCUCAAGGCUUCGGGCCAAUUCAGCCAGCGCGAACAGCUCGAGACCGAGGUGGUCAAGCUGCUCAUCCAGAGCUACUUCAACGUGGUCAAGGUCGAGACCAUCUCGAUGGUGCCCAAGUGCAUCAUGCUCAACCUCGUCACCCAGUCCAAGGAGCAGAUGCAGAAGGAGCUGCUGCAGGAGAUUUACAGGCCAGACGUGCUCGAGGAGCUGAUGAAGGAGUCCGACCACGUCGUGGCGAGGAGGAAGGAGUGCGUCAAGAUGAUCUCGGCGCUCGAGACGGCUAGCGAGAUCAUCGCGACUGUGUAG